AUGUCUAAAUCCAUCGAGCUGGACAAGAAAAAGUACAACAAAAUAUUCAAGUCCCCAUCAACCAAAAGCGUUUUUGUCUACAUUUGGGAUAAUUCGAAUUUAGAAAGUCAACAAUUCCUAAGCCAAUGGAAUAUUCUCUCAGAUGCAGACGAAUACAGAGAUAUUGCAACAUAUGCAGACGUUUUAUGCAGCAAAAAUCUCGAAUUAUGCCAUCAAUUUGACAGAAAAGAAAUUCCAAGACUUUUAUGGUAUGAAACUCCACAAUCAACUCCAGAAAUUUACAAUGGUCGACUCCAUAUUAACAGCGUUACUCAAUAUCUUAGAAACAUCACUGCUUCGCCAAUUAUUAAAGUUAGGAAAAGUAAAUACUCCCCAUUCAUCUCCAAACAAAUCCAAGAAAAUCUAAAUCCAGAUCUCAAUGAUGGAGAGUAUUUCUUAUUUAAUAUUUCGACAAAUGACAAAGAUUCAAUCGAAAUCGCAAAACAAAUUGCCAAAAACAUGAAAUUCUUACCCACACAGAUUUUCCUACUCAAAGACAAAUCACUGCAUGCUCCUUACUUAACAUCUCACAAAGGAAACAAAACUUUCAAAAUGAUGGAAACAUUAACAUAUCAAAACGCAGAAGCCUUCAUAAUUCGUCGCAAUAUACCAUUCCUUACACAUUACACUCAAGCAAUAAGCGAUAUUUCCUUCAAAUACAAAAUUCCAUUUGCUGUUUUCGUAAGACCUGACGAAUUCGGGCCAAUCAUCAAACCAUUCGCAGAAGUGGUCGAGAACUACAUGGCAGUUACACAGACGAACUGUAUUCUCUCUCCUUCGAUUUGUAGAUAUAUAAAUCAGAAACCGAAGGACUAUGGAUACAUAGCAUUCCUUAAUCGAUCAUCAUAUACAUUCUGGGUCUAUGAUAAGCCUCUUGAUGAGAAAUAUAUCGAUUCUUUCGUCGAAGAUAUCGUAAAUCAUCAAUUGACAGGUUAUGGACCAGGAAUUUGGUUAAAACCGUUUGUAAAGCCCGUGAACUUCUAUUAUUCUAUGAGAGAAAGAGGAGGAAUGCCAUUUUACACAAUUCAGAUUCCUCUUUGUUUCGCAACCAUUCUUUUCUGCUUUAUUGUAUACAAACGAGCAGAUACAAUCGUCUGGUACGUUGAUUGGGUCAAGGCAAAGCAAGAAGAAAAGAGAAAACGUAUCGAGUAUUAUGCUGAACUAGAAAGACAAAAGAAGAACCGUCUGAAGCUUAAGAAUAGAUAA